UGGAUUAAGGACUACAAGGAGAGUCGAGAGAGAUGCCGGCCUCCACUAUGGCUAGAGCGGCCACUGAGAGACACCGGAACUUCCGGGGAGGGGCUCUGUUGGUCGUUCACCUUCCGCGGGGCGAAUGUGGUCCUCUUGCAACGUUAAAGUUCGCGAUUUCUGGGCCGGUACUUCCGUCACUCUGAGACGGUGUUUGAAGGUGGGGGCUACCAUGGCAAAGAGCAAAUUCGAGUACGUGCGGAACUUCGAGGCUGACGACACCUGCCUGGCCCACUGCUGGGUGGUGGUGCGGCUGGACGGCAGGAAUUUCCAUCGGUUUGCUGAGAAACACAACUUUGCAAAACCUAAUGACAGCCGUGCUCUCCACCUAAUGACCAAAUGUGCCCAGACUGUAAUGAAAGAACUGGAGGAUAUUGUGAUUGCAUAUGGACAGAGUGAUGAGUACAGCUUUGUGUUCAAGCGGAAAAGCAAUUGGUUUAAAAGAAGAGCGAGUAAGUUCAUGACUCACGUGGCUUCCCAGUUCGCCUCCAGCUAUGUGUUUUAUUGGCGAGAUUACUUUGAGGACCAGCCCCUUCUGUAUCCCCCAGGCUUUGACGGAAGAGUCAUAGUGUAUCCUAGCAACCAGACCUUAAAGGACUACCUCAGUUGGCGGCAAGCAGAUUGUCACAUCAAUAAUCUGUAUAAUACAGUUUUCUGGGCACUUGUACAACAGUCUGGACUAACACCAGUACAAGCCCAAGAGAGAUUACAGGGAACUCUUGCAGCAGACAAGAAUGAGAUUUUGUUUUCCGAAUUCAACAUCAACUACAAUAAUGAGCCUCUGAUGUAUAGGAAAGGAACUGUGUUGAUAUGGCAAAAGGUGGGUGAAGUCACAACAAAAGAAGUUACACUGCCAGCAGAAAUGGAAGGAAAAAAGAUGGCGGUGACCCGGACCAGGACAAAGCCGGUGCCUUUAUAUUGCGAUAUAAUCGGGGAUGCUUUUUGGAAGGAACAUCCAGAGAUCCUAGAUGAAGACAGCUGAUCCUUUGCUUUUUAGCCCUGGCAUGCUUAACCAUGCAAAACCCCCUAAGUCUCCUGGCCUUCGGUGCCCUGGGAUCCCUACUACCAAGAGCAGUGUGCCAGUAGUGACACAUGACUGGUUCGAAAGGGAACAGGGAAAGAAGGGAUGGUUGGGGUGGUGAUCUUGUUCUGCUUUAAGUAGAACUUUUUUUUUUACAAUGUUGGAACAUGGUUCCUUCUGUAGAAGUGCAUUUUUUUUUUUUUAAUCGUGGUGCUAUUUUUAUAAAGCAAGAAUUAUUUUAUGC